AUGGCAGCUGUUUCAUCUUUCCGGUACUCAACUGGUGAGAUCACCACCGCCGAGAAGGCCAAGUCAUUUUCAUGGGAGGCACCUAUACCGGUGAAUCGUUUCUGGGACAGCUUUAGUUACCCGACUGCCCGUAAUUUUCUUGCCAACUUUUCAGACCACGAGCUAGAACAACUAGCCGUCGACCCGAUGGGAAUAAACCCUGACGAUACUACAGACCAGCAAAAAAAGCUACAGCUUCUCCUUCAACUACUCCGGAACAAGCUGGCAAAAGAAGAAGCGGCCAUUUCGCCACCUCAAUCGUUCUAUGAAGUCGAUUAUAAGCGGUGGAAUGGAAUAUGGCAGGGAAUAUAUACACUUGAGAAUGAAUUGGACCUCCCACAGGCCGAGGAAACCGUCCGCAUGUUAGUGGAGAAAAGGCUAGACGAUUCGAACGUUAUCCCUAUUCAUCUACUAGCGGAGCACCUUGUCAAGAUUUGGAAAUACAAGGAAGCGGAGGAAACAGCACGGUCGGUCUAUGAGUGGAUGGUUUCUCGUCCGCACCUUGGCAAACACUCCCCGCAAGCUCUCAAUGCUCGUAGGAUUAUCGCAAAAGCUUUAUGGGGCCAGGGUCCCUCACGACGAUCCGAGGCCGAGGCACUAGUUGCUGAGAUCCAUGAACUUGUUUAUGGCAUGGGUGGAAGCAAAUUUGCUAUUUACCAGGAAGAGGAGGCAAGACUCAAUGAGGAAAUGGUAGCUGGUCUGAACCUGGUGAUUAAGAAAUCCUAUUAG